GUGUGUCUGUGCUCAGGGUGGGAGCAGAGAAUCCUUUUCCCACCCCCUCCCCGGUCCCAGCCGAGCCGGGUCCGGAGGGAUGAGCCCCUGCCAGGACAGAGCUUAGCCCGCCCGGGCGCUGCGGGGCACAGCGAUGGAGGUGGUGGACGAGACGGAAGCUCUGCAGCGGUUUUUUGAAGGCCACGACAUUAAUGGAGCUCUGGAACCAUCUAACAUUGACACUAGCAUCCUGGAAGAGUACAUCAGCAAGGAGGACUCACCAGAUAUCUGCUUCCCUGACAUCCCAGCUCCAGCCAGCUAUGCACAGCCCCAGCCCUCCAGCUCAGCCACCAUCAACGCUCCUCCUGCCAGCUCCAUCUCCAAUGUGACCAACCCCACGUCCAGCACUUCCCUCCACCUCCCUCCCCCGGGCAGCCAGCUCCCAAUCCGACAUGGGCCUCUUCUGCCCAACCCCUGUGGACCCAGCUACGGUGCUCACCUCAACUGCAAUAACAACAAUGGCAUGGUGGUGCCCAAGGGCUACCUUGGUGGCCACUGCCUGAACAGCGUGGUCCCUCCAAUCAAGUCGGAGCCCAAGGCCUCCUACGCACCCGGCACUUUACCCGACUCGCCCCCGGACUCCGGCUCCGAAGCCUACUCCCCUCAGCAGGUGAAUGAUCCUCACCUCCUCCGGACCAUGACCCCCGAGAACAUGUGCCACUUGACUCCCCCUUCUCGCCUGGAGCACCCACCUCCUCCUCCUCCUCCUCCUCCACCUCCGCCCCCUCACCUGCAGGGUCCCCCACCACCUCCCCCUCCUCACCCUCACCAGCACCCCCCCCACUUCCCCAGCCUGCAGAGGGAUGUCUACAUGAAGGCUGAGCCCCUGAUGCCCCCCUACGGGCUGGGGCAGGCCAUGGGGCCCCCCGACCUCCACCAUGCCCAGCAGUCCCAGAUGCUGCACCAGCUACUCCAGCAACAUGGAGCAGACCUCCCGGUGCAUCCUGCCAAGAAGCGGAAACACUCCGAGUCCCCCCCCAACACCCUCAAUGCUCAGAUGCUCAACGGGCUGAUAAAGCAGGAGCCAGGGAUGGGAUCUGUGCCCCUCAACCCUGACAGAGUCCCAACCCCACCCUGGCACCAGCCAGGAGCUCUCUCACCAGGCCUGAUCCAAGACAACGACAGCUUGAAUGGCUCCUACCUGGAUCCCAACUACCAGUCCAUCAAGUGGCAGCCACAUCAGCAGAACAAGUGGGCAACUCUGUAUGAUGCCAACUACAAAGAGCUCCCCAUGCUCACCUACCGCGUCGACGCCGACAAGGGCUUCAACUUCUCCGUGGGCGACGACGCCUUCGUGUGCCAGAAGAAGAACCACUUCCAGGUCACGGUCUACAUCGGCAUGCUUGGAGACCCCAAGUAUGUGAAGACCCCCGAGGGCCUGAAACCCUUAGAGUGCUUCUACCUGAAGCUGCACGGAGUGAAGCUGGAGGCCUUGAACCAGUCCAUCAACAUAGAGCAGUCCCAGUCCGACCGCAGCAAGCGGCCCUUCAACCCUGUCACGGUCAACCUGCCUCCAGAGCAGGUCACCAAGGUCACCGUGGGGAGGCUGCACUUCAGCGAGACCACAGCCAACAACAUGAGGAAGAAGGGCAAACCCAACCCAGACCAGAGGUACUUCAUGCUGGUGGUGGCCCUGCAGGCCCACGCACAGAACCAGAACUACACCCUGGCCGCCCACAUCUCGGAGCGCAUCAUCGUCAGGGCCUCCAACCCGGGGCAGUUUGAGAGUGACAGUGACGUGCUGUGGCAGCGGGCGCAGCUCCCGGACACCGUUUUCCACCACGGCCGGGUGGGCAUCAAUACGGACCGUCCUGACGAGGCCCUGGUGGUCCACGGCAACGUGAAGGUGAUGGGAUCCCUGAUGCACCCUUCAGACAUCCGGGUGAAGGAGGACAUCCAGGAGGUGGACACCACGGAGCAGCUGAAGAGGAUCUCCCGGAUGCGCUUGGUCCAUUACAACUACAAGCCGGAGUUUGCAGCCACGGUGGGCAUUGACACCACCUCUGAGACAGGUGUCAUUGCUCAGGAGGUAAAGGAGAUCCUGCCUGAAGCUGUGAAGGACACCGGGGACCUGGUCUUCUCCAACGGGAAGACCCUUGAGAACUUCCUGGUGGUGAACAAGGAACGCAUCUUCAUGGAGAACGUGGGGGCUGUGAAGGAGCUGUGCAAGCUGACAGACAACCUGGAGACCCGCAUCGACGAGCUGGAGAGGUGGAGCCACAAGCUGGCCAAGCUCAAGAGGUUGGACAGCAUGAAGUCAACCGUGAGCUCGGGAGCCUUCAGCCAAACUGGAAGCCAGUUCAGCCGGGCGGGAAGUGUGCCCCACAAAAAGAGGCCCCACAAAGUAGCCAGCAAGUCACCGUCGGUGGUCCCGGAACAGGCCUGCAUCAGCCAGCGCUUCCUGCAGGGCACCAUCAUUGCCCUGGUCAUCAUCAUGGCAUUCAGCGUGGUGUCCAUGUCCACCCUCUACGUGCUGAGCCUGCGCAGUGAAGAGGACCUGGUGGAUAUCGACGGCUCCUUUGCUGUGCCCACUGCCUGUCUCCUGGCCCUCCUUCGGCACGGGGGUCCUGGGGUCCCGCUGGCUCUGUGUCCAGGGUCCAGCCAGAACUUUGACAAGACGCAGCUGGUGAGAUCCACAGCUGCCUCGGGCAGAGCCAGUGGCAGGACCCCCCCACGCCACGUCCCAGAGGACACACACGACUCAGUCCUUGACCUCCCUGGUCCCAGUGUCCUGGCCUGCUUCAGCCCACCAUGUUUCUCCACCUGCUGCUCUGCUGCUCCCACCAACCUCUCCUCCGUUGUCCUCUCUGAGACCAGUCCCACUCGUGCCACCAACAGGACAGACCAAGGCCAGACCUCGCUCCUGCCGGCGACAAACAUCAAAGCCAAGUCCAGGGCCAUGACGGGAAAAGCCACCUCCUACACCAAGUGGCCCAAGGCCCCUGACAGGUCUCAGAGCUUCGGCAGCCCCAACGCCAGCCCCUCUUCCCCCUUUACCCAUGGCCAGGCCAAGUCCAAGUCCAUCUCCAACCUCUGGCUCUCCCGCAGCGACUCCCCCCCGGGGCAGGUCCGGCCCCGCCGCGGCCUCCGGGAGCCGCCGGGCGAUGCUGGUCCUGGCCCAGAGCUGCUUUCCAUCCGGAUCCUGGAGACCAACCUGCCCAUCGUGUCCCGACACUGCGCGGCCCCCGGCGCCUGCAGGCCUGGAAACUUCUCCUUCCGCAUCCCCGUCAGCCAGCUGACUGCAGUGAACACCAACCUCACCCUGGAGAUGAACUCCUCCUCUGCUGUGUCCAUCUCCCUCUGUGGCCUUGUCUCCAGCGAUCCCUGCCAGGAACCUGUGAGCACCAACAGCUCCACUGAUGCCACAGACACACAGGAAACCACACACCGUUGGCCUCUGGUGAUGAUGUCUUUCCAGGAGUUCACCUACCACUUCAGAGUGGCACAGCCUGGCCGAGCCAACUGCAGCUCCACUCCUGAGCAGAGGGGACACCUUUUCACUGACUAUUAUUUUCAGUUCUUCUGGCUCUGUGAGUGAGUCCUGGCAGUGCCAGUGCCCUCUGGUUGGACAGAGGAGGGGGGAACUGGUGACACUGGGGACACUCCUGCAGACCCUCCUCCACUAUCCCCCAGCCCCACCUCGUCCCCAUCUCCCACGUGGGGCCUGGAGCUGGUUUGGUUGUGGCUGGUGAGGCAGGGGCUGAAGCCCAGGACACACACAGGACCUAAGCCACAGAAGCACCACCAGCCCCCUGGGAUCUCCAUGGCUGGAAAAGACAUUUAGGAUCAUGGGGUUCCAACCCCUGGACCUUGCAGCGAUUCCCACCAUCCCCAGUAUCUCUCUCCUUCCCUUCUGGGGACACUUGUGUGCUCCAGUGCUUCUCCCUCCCCUGCCAACACUGGAUUUUUGAAAGCAUUACACUGGACUGAACGGGUCUGCCACAGCCCAGAGUGUGGAUGAUAGGAGGUCCAUCCUGCUCUGGCCUGGUGGUCCCACGUCACUUCUUCACAACACUGGAAUUGCUCAGCACUGGAGCCCCUUUCCAGGAGCAGAAAAAAAAAAAAAAAAGCUGGAGUUUGGCCUGGAAAAGAAGCCUGUGACUGGACGUACUGGAAGUCGUACACUGGAGUUGCUGUUCCUUCUACUUGGCCCAGGGCCACCCCCACAGAACCCCCCCCGGAGACCCCAGGACCUGCCGACGGACCCUGUGGACAACAGGAGAAGGUCCAGCUUCACCAUCUGUCCCCCUCCUCGCUGCAUUCUGACUUUCACCCUGUCCAGGUCCGGAUGGAUCAACUCCAGCAGCUCCCUGAAGCUGCUGCCCAGGCCCAGCCACUCCUGGGGACACUUGCCAGGGGAGAAACCCCUCCCUGAGCCACCUGCACGGAGGGUGAGGGACCCGAUUCUUUUGGCAGCAGCACCUGGCCGCAUGCGUGGCGUCCAGGCAGCCACCUCUGGCCAGAUGUGCAGAAGAGACACGGCUGGCCAAGCCCGCUGUGCCCUGCAGAGCAAGGCUGAGGUGCUGGGGACACCUGAGGUGGCUUCACUGCAGCCACCAGCUCCCGGAUCUCGGAGCCCCUGCCCCACCAGGGGGGCUGGCAGGCUGGGCUCCCGGGGCCCGGCUCUGCUGGCAGCCUGCGGGGUGUUCAACUGUUACAAGUUCUUAACUUGCUGAACUGCUGAGGUUUCCUUUCCUUUCCUCUUGUGGAAGCUGUCUGAAAACGGGGUCUCCUCCUCCUGUCCCUCCUGAGCUCCCCCUGCUUCUGGCAGGGGAAACCACAGAGGGGGCCCCUGCUGAGCUCCAUGGGGCUCGGGUGCUGCAGCCGUGCUGGGACACCUCGGGCUGCUUGACCAGCACCGUGUCUCCUCUUCCUCCCCUUCCUCCUCCUCCUCCUCCAGCACCUCCUGCUGAACCAGGAGACCUCGGUGGCCCUGGGGGCUGAGCCACCAGCAGGGCCUCGCAGCCAAGCCCUGUUUCUCCAAGGAAGGAGCAGCCAGUGCUGGGGACAAUCCGCUCGGCAGCCCGGAGAGCUGCCCCCAGGAGCUCCUCUUGUCCCCUCCACUGGAGGCAGGGGACCUGGUUCCAGCUGGUUUUGGGGGAACUGCAGCUGGAUCUGCCUGCAUUUGGUGGCCAGAGGCAGCCAGGGACCAGCACUGAGGAGCUUCUCUGCUGCUCCAGAGAAAACCAGCUGCAAAGACAUUUAUUGUUUUUUAGAGAGAGAAAUUCCUGUCAGCACCUCGUGGGACCCACCCAGCCUUCCUCCCCAUCUGGGCACCAGUUUCAUCUCCUGUCACCCCUCUCACAACCUCCUGGGCUUGUCCCCAGCAGCCACCACCCUGCAGCUCCACACACCAGCCUUCGAGGUUGGUGUCUCUUGUCACCCAAGGACCUGGAUCUUGAUUUGGAGGGUGGUUUCUAGGUCAGGUUUCAUCCCCAGCAGACACCUCUGGGCAGCAGACACUUCCCCAGGCAGGAUUUUUCCAGCUACGAACCUUUCCCUGAAGCUGGGACAGGCAGGAAGCAGCAGGGAAGGCUGGGCAGCCACGCAGGAGGGACACCAGGUGACUGCCCUAAAAACCCAGAGGUCCCAAAGCCGAGGGAGGACCCAUCAGAAGCAGCUCAGCUCCACCUCUGCCUAAAUUGGGAAGGAAACCCUCCAAAGCAGCUCCUCUGGUGAGGUCACUCUUUCCCUCCAUUGACCCCGGGAGUUUUUAUUUGGCCUUCAACCAGGAAGAUACUUCUCUUGGCAGCUUUUCUUCUCCCCUUGGCAAUCAGUGGCCGAGGUCCCAGUUCAGGUGAGCAUUGCCUCGUGCCCUGCCCUGUCUCCUCAGCCAAGAGGGAGCUGCUCUCCCUCCUGGGGUGGAGUUGGUGUGCUCCUUUAGCCCCUGAAGAGGCAGCCUGGGGUGGGGUGAGGGCACCUACCUGCAAAGGCCACCCCCCCCAAACCCCCUCUGCCAUGACCCACAGGUCCAUCUGACCCAGCUGCUCCUGGAGGGGAGGGAUUCUGGAAUGGUUUGGGCUGGAAAGGACCUUAAGGAUCAUCUAGUCCCACCCCCUGCAUGGGCAGGGACACCUCCCAGCAGCCCAGGUUGCUCCAAGCCCCAUCCAACCUGCCCUUCAGCACUUCCAGGGAUGGGACAUGCCAUCUGGACAACCUGUUCCAGUGUCUCACCACCCUCCUAGUGAAGAAUGUCCAACCUAAAUCUUCCCCUCUCCCAGUUUUAACCCCUUCCCCCUUGUCCUCAGAUCAAGCCCCAGAAAGGAGCUGGCAGGGGUGGCCUGGGAAGAGGGGGAGGCUCCUGGAUGUGUCCCCACGAUCCUUCACCAGGGGGCUUGUGGGGCACCACUGAGUUCCUGAGGGCUCCAGGGACAGCUCCUAGUGCCUGUUGUCCGUUUCCCAGGGGGUGGGAAGGCUGGUGUCCCAUGGCUGGACUUGUCUCCCAAGGCUGGUGUCCCAUGUGUGUCUGUGCCUCCAAAACUGGUGGGCAAGGACUGAGGGAAUGGGAUGGGGCAGGACCUGAAGGGCCCAAGCCUGCCCUCCAGCUGGAUGGCAGCAGAGCUGCCAGCACUGCCUGGUGUCCCAGGAAGAGAAGGAUUCAGCUCCCAGGGUUGCUUGUGUGGGGUUUGGGGUUUUUUUAGCUUUUUAUAUCCCAAUAGUACCUCUUUCUAUCCAAACUCUGGCACCAGUCCCACCAGCAAUGCAGAGAGGAGCCUCCAAGGGGGGGUGUAAAUAUUCCAAGCCCAUGGAAAGGGCUGUUUGUGGAGACCACCCCCCCCCGAAAAGCAGAGGUGUUCCCCAUCCCAAAUCAGUCCCAGGAGCUCACAAUCAGCUGGAUCCUACAGGAGAUGAGGGAGCUCUGAGCUGGUGCCUCCAGUUUGGGGUGGGAGAAGGGAAACGAAACCCUUUUUGUUUCCCCAAAAAAUAAACCACCCACCCCUUCUUUUCCCUGCUGGAAAUGAGAUGUUCCAGCUCUCUGGGUUUGGCAGGAAGGAAGAGCAGCUUGGGAAGGAGACCCCCUUGCCAGAGCUGGGCUGGUUUUGGAGUUUGUUUCUAAAGCAAAGUCCCAAAGGUUCUGUCCUGAGCUGAAAGCCUGGCAGCAGAGCCUGAGCCAGCCCUGCCAGGGGCAGGGAAGGAAAGAAACACACAGAAAAGAUUUAAAAAAAAAAAAAAAAAAGAAAAAACAAAACAAAAAGCACUAAUUAGUUUGGUUUCAACGUUUGCUGCCACAGCUUUAAUCCCUGUAUAUUAUUGCCAGCAAGUUUGUAGAGUUCCCUUCUUAGCAGGUUCCUUCCUGAUCCUUCCUGGGGAAACAAGGCUGGUUUUCCCUCCUCCCUUUCUGAGUGAUAUUUAUAUUUUGCAGAAUUGGAGGCUUGAGUCUCUGGAUUCCUUCCCCCCCCCCUGCCCCUUCUUCCCCCGUCACACACCUGGUUUUGUUUUCUUUUUUGGUUUUGUUUGGCUUCUUUAGACUUUUGUGUGAGGCUGGAGGUUUCCACGUGCCCCUAUAAAUAAAUCUCUCACUACUGCUUUGUACCCCA